AUGCCGGCAUUGGCCAAUGAUACCUUUGAUUUGCCUUUGGCAAAGAGGCAGAAAAGGACUCUCGAUGAAGAAAAAAGGGUAGCUAAACAGCGUGGAGGUUCCAAAAUCUUUGCGCCCUUCAGGACAUUGGGCUUGGUGUCUCCAACUUCAGUACCCUUCACCAGUGUACGUCUCGGAAAGUCUACCUACCAAAUCACGACAUCAGUAGGCCACACGCUGCAGACAUACGAUCUGCGCCGAGGUUUGAGCCUGAUCUUCUUGAGUCGACCGCAAACCCCAGAAUUCAUCACGGCAACAUGUGCCUGGCAGGACAAGGUUUUUGCCGCUUGGGGCCACCUCCGUCCUCGUUCCCCCGGCGGGGUUUGGGUGUUCAAGCGUGGUAAACGAGUCGCGACUCUAGAAAUGCCUAAAUUGGAUGGGCCGAUUGAACGCUUGGUAGUAUUUGGUUCAUGGAUUGUUGGCUGCUGGACUGGCGGUCUUGAAGUUUGGAAGACAGGGAGCUACGAACACUACGCCAGUCUAAAACCCCGGGCAAAUUUGGACUCUGCGGGAGAUCCCAUCUACGCGGGACUACUGUGCAACAUGCCGACAUAUCUUAACAAGGUCUUCGUGGGACGCAUGGACGGCGCCGUGGAUAUUUGGAACAUUCGGAGUGGGAAGCUGUUGCAUAUGCUACCCGCGCCAUCUACCGACUCUGGACCAGUAACGGCGAUCCACCCAACCCCUGCUCUGUCUCUCCUAGCCAUUGCCCACAAGAGUGGUGCCUUGUCGAUUCAGAAUGUCGACUCGGGCCAACUAGUUUUGUCUCUACGCACUCCCUCGGCACGCGCUCUUCCGGUAACAUCGAUCACCUUUCGAAGUGAUGGUCUAGGCGCAGGUCACGAUGGCCGCAAGGCCGGUGUAAUGGCUACCGCUGCCGGUGGAAGUGGUGAUAUUACCAUGUGGGAUUUGAAUGAUGGUGGCCGGGUGGCCGGAAUCCUUCGCGGGGCCCACCGGGUAACAAACCGAGACAAUGGCACGGGAGUCAAUCGUGUCGAGUUCUUGGACGGACAGCCGGUGCUCGUGUCCUCAGGAGACGACAAUGCAUUGAAAACAUGGAUAUUUGACGAGACUCCAUUCUCUCCGACCCCUCGACCACUCCAUGUGCGAGCAGGACACUCCGCUGCGGUCAGCGCCCUGGAAUUUUUACCUGCUGCCUCUGAUGGAUCCGACUCUGGUGGCAAAUGGCUUCUCAGUGCAAGCAAAGAUUGCAGCUUCUGGGGGCUGAGCUUGCGCAAAGAUAGUCAACACGCCGAGAUUUCACAGGGCAGUGUAGAACGCAAGUCCAAGAAAAUGGGUCCUACAGACCCAUCCAGCUCGGUGGUUGACCCUCUCAAGGCAUCUGAGGUCACCUGUAUUUCGUGCUCCCUGAACCGAGAUGGAGGCAUGGGUAUCACCACAUCGGGUCCCAUCUGGUCAAAUCCCAAGUUCACCAACACCGAAUCCACCAAUUCCACUGGAUGGGAAAGCGUCGUUACUGGUCACAGAGGAGACAAAUAUGCACGAACUUGGUUCUGGGGAAAGAAGAAAGCUGGCCGGUGGGCGUUUCCGACGAGCGAUGGAAGUGAAGUUAAAAGUGUUGCUGUUUCGCAGUGCGGAACAUUUGCGGUCAUUGGAUCUGCAGGGGGAUCCAUCGAUAUGUUUAAUCUGCAGUCCGGCCAACAUCGGCAGAGCUUCCCUUCCCGGGCAUCCAAGCCCCGCGCCACAAAGGUGCAGCAGGAAGGAAAUGUAAGGCAUACUAAGUCAGUCACUGGGUUGAUGAUUGAUAAUCUUAACCGCACUGUAAUCAGCUGCAGUCUAGACGGCAAGGUCAAGUUUUGGGAUCUUCUCUCUGGCUCUCUACUUGACGAAUUAGAUUGGAAUCCAAUGGCGGCGGUGACCGGAAUUCGCUACAGUAAGACAAGCGAGCUGGUCGCCUUUAGCUGUGACGAUCUCUCCAUUCGUGUGGUUGAUAUCGAGACCAGGAAGUUAGUACGUGAGUUCUGGGGUUGCGUGGGUCAAGUCAACGAUUUCAUCUUCUCCAAUGAUGGUCGGUGGAUCAUCGCAGCGUCCAUGGACUCCGUAGUACGAGUUUGGGACCUACCCACUGGUCAUCUCAUUGACAUAUUCCGCGUUUCCAGCACAUGUGUUUCACUGGCGAUGUCGUCUACUGGAGAGUUCUUGGCUACAGCACAUGCUGGAAGCAUUGGUGUUAGCCUUUGGAGCAACCGCAGCCUGUUCAUGUCCAUGUCUACCAAGGAUUUGGACGAGGAUCUCAUUGAAGAUGUUGGUGUACCCACUACAUCAGGCGAGAGCGGCGCGGGUCUUGUUGAGGCGGCCUUCAUGGAGGCCCCCGAAGCAGAAGAGACAGAAGGACCCGUGUUGACAAGUGAACAGCUGCAGCGGGAUAUGGUCACUCUCAGUUUGGUUCCUAAGAGCAAAUGGCAAGCGUUGGUUCAUCUUGACUCUAUCAAGGAACGCAAUCGGCCCAAAGAAGCACCCAAAGCUCCCGAAAAGGCACCAUUCUUUCUUCCCUCCAUGCUUGGCGAUGCGCAGUCUCAACCGGCUCAUGAAGUUGCUGCCAAGGCCGCUGAAGCUGGGUCUCUCUCACGCAAUGUAGAGGCAGAGCGAUCUCGCUUGUCCAAGAUGCCAGGCGGGGGAGUUACUUCCGAGUCCACUAUGACACAAUUCCUCAAGUCCGGCGAUCAAUCUGGGAACUUUGAUCCUUUAAUUGAGCAUCUCAAAUCUCUCUCCCCCGCGCGAGCUGACUUGGAGAUUCGCUCUCUUGACCCUCGAGUGCGCGACGGAUUCUCUGAGUUAUCUAGUUUCAUUCGGGCCCUUACAAUUCGUCUCGGACUGAGAAGAGAUUUCGAACUAGUCAACGCAUGGAUGGCAGUGUUCCUGAAGAUCCAUGCUGAUACGGUGGGGCUUUGUUCUAGCCGGGAUAGCCCCGAAUACCGUUUACUGCAAGAAGCCCUUGCCUCUUGGUCCAAUGAACAAGAACGGGAGGGCAAGCGCCUUGCUGAGCUUGUGGGUUACUGCCGUGGAGUUGUUGGGUUCUUGAGAUCCGCACGGUAG